UUGUUAUUAAUUAAAUUUUUUAACAAAAUAAUUAAAUAUUUUAAUUAUAAAUUUAUUUUGUGAUUUUAAAAUUAAUUACAAAAAAUCAGAAGCAAAAUAUAUUUAUUGCAAUUGAAUAAGUGAACAAGUUCCGUUAAUUAUAAAAAUUUAAUUAAAAAAUUUUUAUAUUUAUACAUAAUUUUAUAAAAGGAAAAGGAAAUAAAAAUUUAAAAAAAAAAUCUUCAAAAUGAAAUACUUACAAAUAGCAUUUGCGUUAUUCUUAUCGAUCUCAUUAGUAACCGGCCAGUAUUUUGGAUCACAUUACUCUAAUUUUGGUGGUCAUAAUAGUUUUGGAUUACAUUCAUUAGUACCAGAUUAUAAUAGUGCAUCAUCAUAUUCUGGUAGUAAUUAUCAAGCACCAAUAAGAGAUUCAAGACAAGAUAGAGGUCCAGUAGUUUUUCCACCACCACCCGGUGAUGCACCAGAAGAAAGUAGCGGUGUAAUUAUUGGUGCAUCUGGUUAUGGUUUUGUACCACCAAAUAGUCCACAAUAUAGAAGUCGACCAGUUAACACAUUUUCCAAUCAACCAUCUACCUUAUUUGAUGAAGAUAACGAAAUUCGACCUGCUUUUGAUUCAUUUGAUUCAACAAGAGGAACUUAUGGAACACGAUUUAAUCGUUAUAGCAGUCGAUAUUUAAGAAAACCAGUUCCAUUUUUCUGAAUUAAGUUCUGAGGCUAUUUACAUCAUGUAAAUAUUUUGAAUUUGUAUCCUAAGUCAAUUUUUAUAAUGAUUAAAGUAAAAUAAAGUUAAAAUGUGUACAUAGUUUUAAAAUUUUGUAAAUAUACUUUGUUAACUUAAUUUAAUUUAAAAUUUAAA